AGGAUUGGCUAGUCACUGCUUCCCCUUCUGCUGUCCUGUCUCUAAGGCAACGAGAGACUCUCCCCCUUGAGUAACGCUCGCUAGGAGGGUGGAGGUUGCAGCCCUGCCCGUCCUUGGCUCUGUACGAAUCUAGCCUCCCCAGGCGUCCUCCCUUUUCCUGCCCCGCCCAGCCAGAGCUCACUGCUGCGCGGCUGGGACCUAGCGAGCGGAGCUGGGCUCGGCUUUCGGUCCUGCUAGGAAGGCUUCGCGCGAGACCCUGCUCCAGGGAAAGGACCGAACUUGUGUGCGAGGCCGAGUCGGUACAAAGGGGGGACAAAACUUUCGGGAGGAUGACAGCGGAGAACCAGGACGUGCUGCUGGAAGUGGAGGAGGAGGAGGAAGAAGAAGAGGAUGGGGAGGUUGUCUUGGAAGAACUGGCACAGACUAUUGUUCCCAGCUAUGGAACAGCACCCGACCAGCAAAAGCUUCAUACUUCAGAGUGGGCAGAGUUUGAUCAAAAACCUGACUCCUUGUUCUUUAACGAUGGCCAGCGAAGAAUUGACUUUGUUUUGGUGUAUGAAGAUGAGAGCAAAAAUGAGAAUCGCAAGAAGAGUGUGAAUAAAAAGCAAAUGAGGAAGAGGCAAGCAUAUGAGUCUAAUCUGAUAAGCAAUGGCUUGCAACUUGAAGCAACAAGAUCGGUCUUAGAUGAAAAACUUAUUUUUGUAAAAGUGCACGCGCCUUGGGAAGUGCUAUGCACAUAUGCCGAGGUUAUGCACAUCAAAUUGCCUCUGCAGCCCAAUGACCUGAAAACCCGAGAUUCAGCUUUCAACUGGUUUAGUAGACUCUUCCGAGUUGAUGAAAAUAUCAUCAAACCAGAGCAAGAGUUUUUCACUGCCCCAUUUGAAAAGGCUCGUUUGUCUGAUUUUUACAUUCAAGACAAAGACAUCUUCUUCAACCCUGCAACCAGAAGCCGAAUUGUUCAUUUUAUUCUUUCCCGUGUGGAAUAUGCAGUAAGAGACAAUGUGAAAAAGUUUGGUAUUAACAAACUCCUGGACUCUGGGAUCUACAAGGCAGCAUUUCCUCUUCACGAUUCUAGAUUCAAUCGCCAGUUAGAGGACCCCAACUGCCCUAGUGAACGGUAUCUUCUUUACAAGGAAUGGGCUCACCCCCUAAGUUUUUACAAACUGCAACCAUUGGAUCUUGUCAGGAAAUAUUAUGGAGAGAAAAUUGGAAUAUAUUUUGCUUGGCUUGGUUUUUACACUCAAAUGCUGAUCGUGGCAGCAAUAGUAGGACUUGCCUGUUUUUUGUAUGGAUACAUAACAAAGGACAACUGCACAUGGAGCCAAGAAGUGUGUGAUCCCAACAUUGGCGGCAAUAUCAUAAUGUGCCCGCAGUGUGAUCAGGAAUGUACAUACUGGAACCUCACUAUCACCUGUGAAUCCUCUAAGAAACUGUGUAUAUUCGAUAGCUUUGGAACACUAGUAUUUGCAGUAUUUAUGGGAAUAUGGGUUACUUUGUUUCUGGAGUUUUGGAAGCGACGUCAGGCUGAACUGGAAUAUGAAUGGGACACUGUUGAAUUUUUAGAGCAGGAAGAACAUAUACGUCCAGAAUAUGAAGCACGAUGCACUCAUGUAGUAACAAAUGAAAUCACACAGCAAGAAGAGCACGUGCCAUACACUGCCUUUGGAAAGUGUGUACGGAUGGCCUUCGGUAUAAGUGCAGUCUUAUUCUGGAUUCUUUUGAUCGUUGCUUCAGUUAUUGGCAUCAUCGUCUACAGACUCUCAGUUUUCCUUGUGUUUUCUGCAAAGCUGCCACGGCACAUUAAUGGAACAGAAGCAAUUCAGAAGUACCUGACUCCCCAGGCAGCCACUUCAGUAACUGCUUCAAUCAUCAGUUUUAUAAUCAUCAUGAUUCUGAACAUCAUCUAUGAAAAAGUGGCAAUCAUGAUUACUGACUUUGAACUACCAAGGACGCAGACUGAUUAUGAAAACAGUCUGACCAUGAAGAUGUUCUUAUUCCAGUUUGUCAACUAUUAUUCUUCAUGUUUCUACAUUGCAUUCUUUAAGGGUAAAUUUGUAGGAUUCCCUGGAGACCCAGUUUAUUGGUUAGGAAAAUACAGAAAUGAAGAGUGUGAUCCAGGCGGAUGUCUCCUUGAACUUACAACACAGCUAACAAUAAUAAUGGGAGGUAAAGCAAUUUGGAAUAACAUUCAAGAAGUGCUUCUUCCCUGGGUUAAGAAUCUAAUUGGAAGAUGUUGCUCAGCUGCCAGAUCAGAAAAGACUAUUCCCCGCUGGGAGCAGGACUACCAUCUGCAACCCGUUGGAAAACUUGGAUUGUUUUAUGAGUAUCUGGAAAUGGUUAUACAGUUUGGAUUUGUCACUUUAUUUGUGGCAUCAUUCCCGCUGGCUCCUCUUCUGGCUCUUGUUAAUAAUUUGUUGGAAAUACGAGUUGACGCCUGGAAGAUUACAACCCAGUUCAGACGCAUGGUGCCACAGAAAGCACAAGAUAUAGGAGCAUGGCAGCCAAUCAUGCAAGGAAUAGCAAUUCUGGCAGUAGUGACCAAUGCAAUGAUAAUUGCUUUUACAUCUGACAUGAUUCCUCGUUUGGUUUAUUACUGGUCCUUUUCAGUCCCUCCCUAUGGGGAUCACAGCAGUUACACCAUGAAGGGGUAUAUCAACAAUACGCUUUCUGUCUUCAAUAUAUUGGACUUCAAAAAUGAAAGCAAACCAGUUCCACUUACUGGGCUUGGCAACCAAACAACAUGCAGAUAUCGUGACUUCCGAUACCCUCCUGGGCACCAACAUCAGUAUGAACACAACAUAUAUUACUGGCAUGUGAUUGCAGCCAAGUUGUCUUUCAUCAUAGUUAUGGAGCAUGUCAUAUACUGUGUGAAGUUUAUUGUUUCAUACGUAAUUCCGGAUGUAUCACAAAAGACGAAGAGCAAGAUCAAACGAGAGAAAUACUUAACACAGACACUCCUGCAUGAGAAUCAUCUCAACGUUAUGAAAAAAAAUAUGGGGAAAAUAGCUGACAGAAUCUGGAAAGGAGCAGACAGCACUUUCCGACCUAAAUUUGACUAAGAAUUUUACACACAGACAGUACUUAACCGGCUCAGUACUGGUUACUAAUGGCUAAUCAAAAUGUUACUAAUGGCUAAUCAAAAGUUGGGGAUUAACUCCCUUUAGCAAAUAGUGUCUUGUAACUCUUGCCUAUGUCUGGAACAUCACUGGCUAUAGAGGGAAGGACUGGAAAAUACAAAACCUUGAGAUCCAGUAUCACCUGGAAAAAGCGAAAUGACGUCUUUAAUAGUUUUAACCGGACAAAAAAAAGGCAUCUGGUUUUCUCUAGACUGUUGCCUCGUAAGAAGGGGCAGAUUCAUUCUGAAAUGCAGCACAACACCUUCCACUUCAUUCAGCCAUUGGUUAUUUCAACUGCUGUUCAAUUUGCACAAAACCUCAGAAACCAAAUCAUUUGUAUUAAAAACAACACAGCUGCCAUUAGGGUGACCAGAUGUCCCAAUUUUAUAGGGACAGUCCCGAUUUUUGGGUCUUUUUCUUAUAUAGGCUCCGAUUACCCCCAGUCUCCUGUCCGAUUUUUCACAUUUGUUGUCUGGUCACCCUAGCUGCCAUUGAAUGAGUUGUGAUCACAUGAAGUGGCUGUCAUUGGAUAAUUCAAUCACUGGCUAUAUAAUUAAGCUAAGAGGAAAAGCCAAAAUCAGAAAGAGACAGAAGAAAAAAGAUGACGACAACUAAACAUUAGGAUGUUCAGCCAUUGCUGUUGCCAUGAUAAGCCUGCUAUGUGCCAUACAAGCUAAAAAAUGCGCAGCAGGGAUUAUACAGCUGAUAAGGUAUUUCAAUCAACGUGGUAAGAAUGGACUUGAAUCACAAUGAGAGGAAGCACUGCAAGCCUGCUUCUCCUGUCAUUGAUAGCUGCAUACGGUCAGUGGCGAUUCCCUGCCUUUUUACAGCAGUAUGAGUGAGGGGAGAAUCAGGUGAUGUGUCUUUACCCAGUUGAUGUACAUUAAGUAGUUCAUUUUGCCCAUUCUGUUUUGAACCUGUAUGCUCUAGGACCUGUAUGUUCUUACCUGUAACGAGUGAGCAUUUAAAUUCUUGUCACACAUUAAAUCAAUAUCCACAGAGGGCUCACUUCUGUAUUUCUUUCACAACCAAAACUCCAUUCACUUCAGUGGUAGUUUUCAGUGUGCAAGGAAUGCAGGGUUGGACCUACUGUGAUAUCCUCAAUUCAAUCCAUCACAAAAUAGCAUGUGUCAACACAGUAGCCAGGAAAUGUGAUUUCCAGCACGGGUAGACAGACACAUGCUAGCUGUGCUUGAGCUAGCAGACUAAAAAGAGCAGUGUGGCCAGAGUAGCUCAGGCUAGCCAUGUGAGUACCUACCCAUGAGGUUGGACAGCUACCCCGAGCCACCCCAGUGCCACACGCAUCUAUGAUCAUCAUGCAAAAAAAAUCCAUGUUAACCUUAAAGACUCUUUUACAGUACAGUGGGGUGGGGGAGAUAUUUACCUAAUGAAAAAGGACAAAAUCAGGAGGGAAUGGAGGAGAGACCAGCCUGAGAAGGGACCGUGAUUUGGCCUUAUGUAAAUAACCUCACAAGACUUACCACCCAUUUUAUAGAUGGGGAAACUGUGACACAGAGCAGUUAAGUGCCUUUCCUAUGGUCACACAGUGAUCUGUGGCAGAGCUGGGAUUAACAUGUAGGAGCUCCUGGUCCCCAGUGACCUAUUCAAUCCACUGGACCUCAUCCCUGUAUACCCAAGGGCACGUACUAGCUCUUCCUUUUGCUGUCACCUAGCAUUAUUCUCCUGAACAUAGUAGUCUUAAUCCACAUCUGGCAAUUAUUCCUCCUCCAGGAUAACAUUAUGCCAGGAGUGCCUUUGAUCCAUUAUAUCAUCUAGAGAGAGAGAGAGAGAGAGAGAGAGUCUUACUUUAAGCACAGUUCAGAAUUACAGAUAGUGAAAAGUAUGGUGCCUUAAUAAAGAAUAUCUUAAAUAAAAAGAUACUUAACAUUCUGUGCGGUUUACAUAGACUUUAUCUACACCUGCUAAAGAUGGGAUUACUAGGCCUCUCUGAACUUUUGAAGCAUAAGAAUAAAACAUUCAGGAGGGGAAAAACAACAGUAUUUGUAACUCCUUUAGAAACUAGGUCACUUGGAGAAUAUUUCACUAGGCUUUUAAAGGGAAAAUUAGAAUCUGCUUGAAAAUAUAAAUAGGUUUUUCGCUUUUGAUGCUGCAAAUCACAAACUGUGACAUCAUCAUCCACUGUGGGUCAAAAUUAUCUUUGGUAUAAAUCCAGUGAAGUCAGACCUGACAAAGAGCUCUGUGUAAGUUCAAAAGCUUGACUCUCUCACCAGCAGAAGUUGGUUCAGUAAAAGAUAUUAUCCACCCGCCUUGUCUCUCUAAUAGUCUAUUUGAGCAACUUUAUAAACUACAUAAUGCCAAUAUUUGUAAGGUUCUUCAGAAGUUGAUAUGAUUUGCCACAUAAGAAUAUACAUUUUGUAUUUUUGCUAAGAAUAUUUGCUAUUAAUUUCUGAACAUUAAGAUAUUUCAUUAUAUUUAUCAUUUUAAUAAAAUUUAUUUUAAAAUGCA